GCCCGUAGAGCGUCUUCUCUCUUCUCCGCACAAACGGCCUUCUCCGCUUCACACAGGCCGAACAAGAACCCUAAUCCCCAAAUCCUCCAGCCAACUCUCAGAUCUUGGGACCUGAUCCCUAAAUCGGACCAUGGAUCGACUAUGCGGAAGCAUGGCUUGAGAUCCUGUAGUCGAUCCCGAAUGUGGCGGGCAGCGGCGACGAACCGGGACGAAGCGGCGGCGGUCUGGAAGCUCGCCGGCAGGACAGGAAAAGAGCAGCGGCGUCUGACUUACUAGGCACGUCCGUCAGGCUCACGCGUCCGACUUGCAGCCACCGUGCCUGGCGCUCCAUCCUCCAGGCGACCGUUGGUGAGAACAAAGGAAGCGCCGUCAGCCGCAGAACCGCCAUUGAUAGCCACUUCCAUCGUUGCCGCUCCCUGCUUCAGUAGACUGAAUGGCUUGCACACAGAUGAACUGCUCCAAGAACGGGACAACCUCCGCUGCUGACCUGACAGAUGACCUUAUCAUCGAGAUUCUGUCCCUGCUGCCCGUCAAGUCAGUGUGCCGAUUCAAGUGUGUCUCCCGGCUCUGGUACCUCCUCAUCUCCCAACACCGCAAAAAGCUGCCCCAGACCAUCUCCGGCUUCUUCUACCCCAAGCACAGACUCAACUAUGAGGAUGGUUUGAUAGCAUUUCCCACUUUUGAUGGUAUAUCAAGGGACCAAGAGCAGCUAUUCCCUGAUUCCUCGUUGUCCUUCUUGACGGGAUACAGGCAGAUUUUGCCAAAGGACUGCUGCAAUGGCCUUAUUUUCUGCCUCUGCUGGAAGGACUCCCCAAUAGACGAAGCUGAUUAUGUGGUAUGUAAUCCUGCCACUGAGGAAUGGGUAGUCCUGCCUGAUGCUGGCCAUAAAAGCGAUGCAUUGGCGUACCGUUUGGGUUUCGAUGGAGCCAUGUCACCCCACUUCCAUGUGUUCCAGAUCCUAGAGGGUGAUGAGGACUAUGGAUAUAUCUCAGGUGUUAAUAUCUACUCAUCAGAGACAGGAGCCUGGAGUUACAAGGAAAAUGGUUGGGGCGACAAUGAGAUUCAGAUAGUUGACAUGAGAGGUGUCUUUUUCAAUGGAAUGAUGCACUUGCUCACAUGUGAGUUUAAGAUACUAGCAGUUGACACGGAAGGCAAGACAUGGAGGACCAUUUCUUUGCUUGAAACCAUGUGUGUUGGAAACAUUUGUUUAGGUCCUCUGGCUUUUAUUGGUCAAUCUCAAGGGCGAUUGUAUUUUAUAAAUAUGAGAGACAACGAUAGCUCCAAAUUAUCAGUCUGGAUUCUUGAGGACUAUAAUGGUAAUGAAUGGAUCUUUAAGUACAACAUCAGCACUUCACAACUUUUUGGGGAGCUUUUUGGGGAGAAAAAUCACAUGUUACAACGGGACUAUGCUGAUCUCUUGUUCCAGAGGGACUAUGCUUUGAUCGCAAUCCAUCCUGAAUGCAAUUUGAUAUUCUUUGUUUGGAGGUGCAAGGAUGUGCUACUGUCAUAUGACAUGGACCGUGGUAAAGUUUGUGUUAUCUGCAGUCUAAAAUAUCACUUGUAUGACACAUUUCCUCCAUAUCUUCCCUAUGUUCCAUUUUUCUCGCGCAUUGGCAAACCAAGAGUGGAAGCGUGACUCCAGGGUGGAGGCUGACAGUUGUUACCGACAAUUAUAUGGAGUCUUUUAGAAGUGUUGGACCUCCAGUUAUCACAGCUAAACCAUAGGGCUACAGCUUUGGUAUAGCUCUCUAAUAACUUUUCUUGUUCCCUCUGCAGUUUUUGCUUUUGCUUUGAUUUAGUCUUGAUAUGUCUAUGAAAUGCUUUCAGUCAUUAAGACCCUGUAUAUGUUGACCAAGUUUGCUUGUUUUGGACUGGCCUGAUUAUUUACCAAGUUUUUAUGGGAGA